AUGCAUCAUCUGAACCUGCGAGAUCUCACCCUCGACGCGUCCUCCGCGGCGAACGCGAUCGACGGCCUAGACCUCGACCUCGUGAAGUACGCGGACCACGACGUCGUUCGCGACAUCAUGCGCUCGGACGUGACCGACCUGAAGCAGCGCGCGUCGUCCGUGGAGGCGAAGCUCCAGUCCGUGGAGCUCGAGAGCAUCAAAGACUACGUCGCGGAGAGCGACAACCUCGUCGCGCUCCACGGACAGAUCGAAGGCUGCGACGCCAUCCUGCGCGAGAUGGAGUCGCUGCUGUUAGGGUUCAAGAACGACCUCGGGAAGAUCUCGAGCGAGAUCAAGUCGCUUCAAGACCAGUCGUCCACGAUGGGGACGAAGCUUCGGAAUCGCAAAGCCGCCGAGUACAGCCUCGGCGCGUUCGUCGAGGACGUCGCUCUCGCGCCCGAUCUCGUCCUCGCGAUCGCGGACGGGGAAGUCAGCGAGGCGUAUCUCCGAAGGCUCGUGGAGUUGGACCGGCACUUGGAGUUCAUGCGAACGGACGCGACCGCGAGCGCGAGCGCGGCGGCGCGAGACGUCGCCCCGGAGCUCGAGCGCCUGCGCGCGAAAGCCGCGGCCAAGUCGCGAGAGGCGCGUUCACGUUUACACUGGUUCCCAUACGACCGCUUUCUCAUGGAUAAGAUUUACGCGUUGCGAAACCCGAAGACGAACGUGCAGGUGAUGCAGCAGAACGUGCUGCUGAAGCACAAGUACCUCGUCACGUUCAUGCGGAAGAACGCGCCGGAGGUGCUCACGGAGGUGCGCGUCGCGUACGUGGAGACGAUGAGCCGGGUUUUGAGACAGGCGAUGGCCGGGUACGUCGCGUCUUCGGGCGCGCUCCGAAGGGACGUCGCCGGGCGGAGCGACCUCCUCGGCGCGAACGCGUCCGCGAUCGCGCCGGGGAGGGAUAACGUUUCCGGGUCGAGCGUUUUCGAGCUCGGCACGAGAGGCGACGUCUUGAGAGAGCUCGAGACGACGCCGCCGAUCAUCGUGCAUCACGUCGAGGCGAGCGGCGCGAAGUACCCGCGCGAGGCGCUGUUUCGAUCGUCGCAUAAGCUCCUCAUGGACACCGCGACGUUCGAGUACCUCUUCUGCGCGGAGUUCUGGGGAGGAUCCGGCGGCGGCGCCGGCGCCGCGAACGACGUGUUCGCGGACAUCUUCGCCGGGCCGAUCGUCGUCAUGGAAGACCACCUGAGAGAGAGCACCGCGGGUUUGGGCGUCGGACCCGGCGCGCCCGGCGCGGGCUUCGGCGGCGACGUCGACGUCGUCGGCGUCGCGCUCAUGCUUCGCGUCAACACCGAGCACCAGCACAUCAUGACGCGACGCCGAGUGCCGUGUCUGGAUAAGUACCUCGACGGCGUGAACAUGACGCUGUGGCCAAAGUUUAAGAACGCGCACGACGCGCACGUGAGGUCCGUGAUUGACGCGGCGGCGGCGGCGGCGAGAUCGAACGCGUUUUCCGCCGACGACGCCUCCGUCGCCGCGCAUCACGUCGCGCGGCGGUACGCGGACCUGACGCGCGCGAUGACGUCGAUCAGCUCCGGCGCGGGGGAGGUGGUCGAGACGCAGAUCGAGAGCGCGAUGGAGCGGCUGCGGACCGCGGUGAUUGACUUUUUAACGCGGGCUUCCGCGCGGUUCCGAAGGAGGAGCCGCGGCGUCGCGUUUCUCGUGAAUAACUUUGAACGCGUUCGCGCCGCCAUCGCGGAGACGUCGCCGAUCGCGUCGGUGACGGGCGGCGCGGUCGCGGACCCGAUGGAGAGCGCCGCCGGGGAAUACGUCGAAGAGACGCUGCGCGAACGGUUCGGCGGGAUGAUAUCGUUCGUCGAUCGCGCGGAGGCGGCGGCUGGGGCGGCGGCGGGGGCGGGCGAGUCGGCGGCCGGGGACGCGGAGCUCACCCCCGCCGCCGCCGCGCCGCUGAUGCGCGACUUCGCGGAGCGAUGGAAGCGCGCGAUCGAGGAGAUCAGCGCCGAGGUGAGCGCGUCUUUCCCGGGGACGGAGACGACCGGCGGCGGCGGCGAGCUUCUCAAGUCGACGCUGAGUCGACUGCUCGUGUGGUACAACCGACUCAGCGGACCGGAGGGGGUGCUCGCGCGGAUGGGUCCGGAGGGCGCGGCGCUGUGCGCGGACGCGGUCGCGAACCCGGCGUUCAUUUACGAGAUCAAGAGGCAGAGCCGGGGCGGAGGGGCGUGA